AUGAUGUGCAGUGGAGAGAAAGUGAAAAAUACCACGGACUACAAAUAUAUCACCAAAAAGAAGCAGGAGCUGAGUUCAGAGGGAAAAGGGAGUAAGGAUUCCUUGCUCGAUUGCACUGAAGGGGAUAUGAAGAAGGGGUCACUGGGACCGCCUUUGAUCCCCCCUAUACGCAAGGCAGGAAGUCCCAGUGAUGACAGUGCUGCACGGUCUCUGCUCAGCUCUGUGCAGCUGGAUGAUGAAGAGUCCCAUGAGAUGAGCCCGGCUCAUGACGCGCCCCGCACGGCGCCCCUGGGCGAGCCGGCCCCCUGCCCCUCCCUGCCGGGCCCGCCGCUGUGCCGUCCCCGCGGGGCUCUCUCCCUCCUGGUUGUAGCACCUUUUGAAGAGCCUCUGGAAGAGCUCCUCACUCUGCUGGUGGUGGUGGUGGAGCAGCACCCUCUCUUGGCUCUGCCUGGCGCGGGCCCCGGCCCCGGCCCCGGCCCCGAGCGAGGCCCCUCCCGUGGCUCCGCCCGCAGCCGCCCCGCAGCCGCCCGGCUCCCGCCCCAUCGCCGGCAGCUUCCCCGCUCCGAGUCCCGCCGCCCGUCAGCUCAGCCGCCGGCCCCGAGCUGCCAGAGCCCGGGGCGGCUCGGGAAGCAGCAGCGCCCGGGGCGGGUGGGUGCCCCGGGCAGAAUGGCGAGAGCGCGGUGCCGGCUCUACCGGCUGGGCCCGCUGUUGGGGAGCGGCGGCUGCGAGACGGGGCCGGCUCAGAGGCAGGAGGGAGGCGGUCGGCGAGCUCAGCCUACGGAUUGCCUUGGCUUGCAGGUGGCCAUCAAGCGAGUGCCCCGGGAUCGCAUUGGGGAGUGGGCGCGGCUGCACGACGGCGCCCUUGUGCCCAUGGAGCUGGUGCUGCUCUCAAUGGUGUCGUGCCCUGGCUUCCGCAGCAUCGUGCAGCUCCUGGACUGGUUCGAGCUGCCCAACGGCUUCGCCCUGGUCAUGGAGCGUCCGGAGCGCUGCCGGGACCUCUGGCACCUGCUGCACGCAGGGGGGUUCCUGCCAGAGCCCGUGGCACGGGGGGUGUUCUGCCAGGUGCUGCAGGCCGUGCGGCACUGCACCAGCCGCGGCGUGCUGCACCGCGACAUCAAGCCGCAGAACAUCCUCCUUGACCUGGUCACCGGCAAGGCGAAGCUCAUCGACUUCGGUGUCGGCACCAUCCUGCAGGACACCCUGUACACCCGGAUGGCAGGAACGCGGAGGUACUACCCGCCGGAGUGGAUCCUCUUCGGCUGCUACCACGGCCAGCCAGCCACCAUCUGGACCCUGGGCAUCCUGCUCUAUCAGCUGGUGUGCAGGCACCAUCCCUUCAAAACCAGAGAAGACAUCGUCCGGGGCCAGCUCUCCUUCCUGCCCCGGGUGUCUCAAGGGUGCCAGCCCCUCAUCAGGUGGUGCUUAUCCAUGGACCCUGCAGACAGGCCAUGCCUGGAAGACCUUUUUGAGCAUCCUUGGGUGCAGCAGCCCCACCUGGCCCAGGAGACAGCAGAGAUCCAUCCCUCUGCAAAGUAGGAUCCAGGAGCUCAGCACGUCCCAGCUGCUGGCAUCUCGUGGUGCUCCAAGAAAUGCCCAGAGCAUUUCCCUGCGGCUGUGGCAUGGAGCAG